AUGAAUCCCCUUCGAACACUAUUUUUUUCAUUAAUAUUCAUCAGUUUAGCACUCAUAGAUGUGAAAUGUUUUGGCCCUGAUGGCGCAAUUGUUCCUUCUCAACCACAACCAUCUCAAUCCGAUUUGGCAUUAAAUAAUAAUUUAUAUAUCUUUAAUACACAAAAUUAUACAUGGGUUAAUACUUUUGAUGCGUCAAAUAUAUAUGGGUCUGAUGAAAAAAACUCUAAUUCGUUUUCAUUAGGUGCAAUAAUUGGUACUAUUAUAGGCGUAGUUAUUGCCGUUGGUAUCGUGACAGUUGUAGGAUUUUUCCUUUAUAAAAAAUUUCUUAAUCGCAAAG